AUGUCGUCCUCUAAUCCGACAACUUCUGAGCGAGAUCGUCAAUACAGACCAACCUACAACUCACUUCCAAAGUCAAGAUCAUCGGUAAACUUUGGAGCUCCUUUCCUUCCACCCAUACAAACAACCAUUCCAAAGUCGGAAUCGUCGGUGAAUUUUGGAGCCCCCUUUCCUCCAUCGACGAAACCAGCUGUUCGAAGGAAGCGCAACAGAAGCUUGGUACCUUUUGACAGAAAUGAAAUCGACCUCCGUGGUACACCAACCGUGGCCACCUCUAGACUCACAGCAUCUGCUUCUCAAGUGUUCAUGCAUUCUAAUAGAAUCCUAACACCAACGAAAAUCCCAAGCCCGACACGGGCUUCACUGGGAGGGGGUCAAAGGCAACGUAUCAAUCAUCCUACUGUGGAUAGUGAUCAUAGCGAUUUUGACAGCCGUAGGAAGCAAGCCUCAAAGGCAAAGGCACCUGUUCGAAACCAAUAUGUUGUCGAGGGUGAGAAACCCACACAGGUCUUGCCAACGACGUUCGAGGAGAAGGAUGGAGAGAACUUCACGCAGGCCUUGCCACCGUCUCAGAAGAAGGAUAGAGAGAAGGCCUCGAAGGUCAACCAUCAAACGAAGCCUAAAUAUCGAGCUCCAACACCAGGACCAUCAGUACAGCAAGGGCCACCGCUCACCAGAGCCCGCACACUCCAGGUGCUUACAUCGAUAACAAGCUCGUUUUCACUCACCAAACUUCAUAAAGCAACGUCCAAUUUGUCACUCAGGGGCCACACAACGAAAACGAAUACAGCCAGAUCCAGCUCAGGCCCAGCGGCCUUUUUUUCUAGAGUCACCCGCCCAAGUACGCCGACCCAUCCGAGCAAUGACCCAGAAAUUAACCUUCGAGAUGUUCGCACGGGUAUGCCCCAAGCUUACUGGGCUGGCCGGUACAGAACGCUCGACGACAAAUUUCACAGCGAGGACUUUGAUAUUGACUACCUCGAGUCACCAGCUAUUCUUGAAGCCCUCCGAGAGAUAGAAAAUGAAAGGGGGUCAUUCGAAGACGAUGACAUGUCAAACGCUGACCAACUCCGAUACCGUCGAGUCUUUGCCGUGUUGGAAACCCACUGUAAGACACCCGAUGCCAAGAAGAGCCUCUGGAGCUUCCAGCAGGCAUACGCAAGGAAUCUCAAAUCCGAGAAUCUCCUGCCCAUUGGAGGAUCAAUUCAAGAAAAGGAGAAUAUCUUCUCUCGGGCUGGGAAGUUCUUCAGCAGGAGCAGAUCUGUGAGUGUUCUGAGCGACAAGCGAUUUUUGAAGAACGAUAAGAAGGCCGAAGCAAAGAUGUAUCGGAAGAAAGCAAUGGAGAGGUCCCUCCUUAACCAGAAAAGGGUGUCAAACCAGUAUGAUGAGGUUAUGGAGGCACUUAAGAAUGAAGAAUUGUGGGAAGCUGGAGGAGCUGUUGUGUAA